GGCCGGCUGGCCGCGAUGUCCGGCGCCGAGGAGGCCGGCGGGGGUGGUCCGGCUGCUGGGCCCGCGGGUGCUGUGCCGGCCGGGGUUGGGUUAGGGGCCGGGCCUGGGGCUGUCGCGGGGCCGGCUGCGGCGGCUCUGGGCGAGGCGGCGGGGCCCGGGAUCCCGGACGAGGCGGGCCUGGCCGGCGCUCGGCAGCUGCAAGAGGCGGCCGGCGACCCCGACGCGCCGCCCAAGAAGCGGCUGCGGGCGGCCGAGGCGGCCGAAGCGGCGGCGGCGGCGGUGGCAGCGGGCAGCGGAAAGCUGGAGGAACGGCUCUACUCGGUGCUGUGUUGCACCGUGUGCCUGGACCUGCCCAAGGCUUCCGUGUACCAGUGCACUAACGGUCACUUGAUGUGCGCUGGCUGUUUUAUCCACCUACUAGCAGAUGCCCGGCUGAAGGAGGAGCAGGCCACGUGUCCCAACUGUCGCUGUGAGAUCAGUAAGAGCCUCUGCUGCCGGAACCUGGCUGUGGAGAAAGCUGUGAGCGAGCUGCCUUCAGAGUGUGGCUUCUGUCUGCGUCAGUUUCCUCGCUCCCUCCUAGAGAGGCACCAGAAAGAGGAAUGCCAGGACAGGGUGACACAGUGCAAGUACAAGCGUAUUGGCUGCCCAUGGCACGGCCCUUUCCAUGAGCUGACAGUGCAUGAAGCUGCAUGUGCUCACCCAACCAAGACAGGCAAUGAGCUGAUGGAGAUCCUGGAUGAGAUGGACCAGAGCCACCGCAAGGAGAUGCAGCUCUACAACAGCAUCUUCAGCCUGCUCAGCUUUGAGAAGAUUGGCUACACAGAGGUUCAGUUCCGGCCUUAUCGCACUGAUGACUUCAUCACACGUCUGUACUAUGAAACACCACGGUUCACAGUACUGAACCAGACAUGGGUCCUGAAGGCUCGUGUGAAUGACUCGGAGCGCAACCCCAACCUGUCGUGUAAGCGCACACUUUCCUUCCAGCUACUCCUCAAGAGCAAGGUCACAGCGCCCCUGGAGUGCUCUUUUCUUCUGCUCAAGGGCCCAUAUGAUGAUGUGAGGAUCAGUCCUGUCAUCUACCACUUUGUCUUCACCAAUGAGAGCAAUGAGACAGACUAUGUACCACUGCCCAUCAUCGACUCUGUGGAGUGCAACAAGCUGCUGGCCGCCAAGAACAUUAACCUGCGGCUUUUCCUGUUCCAAAUACAGAAGUAGAAUGGACCCAAGACCCCUGAGGAGCAGAGGGCCGCAGUCCAGUAGUGCUGUCCCACCCAUCCCUGGCUUGGCAGCAGCUUCACACAACUAUCGGAUCAUUUUAGCAGAGGAGGAGAACAAACAAAAUCAAACACUUGAGAAAGUCUGCAUGCGUGUGCAACGGGGUCCCUGCCUCUGGCUCACCUUCCUCCCCUUUGCCUCCCACCUCCUGCAGGCAGCCAGAGGCUGGGCUGACCACAGUGGAAACAGUACUCUGGCCUCCUCAGGUACAGGUGGUGAGGAGGGCAAGAAGCCAACCACCCUUACCCAAUCUCCCAUCCGCACAUCGAGGUGGCACGGUGGUUCCCUGGCCGGGCUCAGGGGCCCUGGCUGACUUCAGACAGCAUAUUUGAUUGCAAUUAAAAAGGCAGCCUUGUUUCCUA